AUGGGACAAAUGGAUGCAUGUAACUCAUCUAAUGUUCAUGUAACCGCCUCGCCAGGCACAGACGUUAUGACAAUGAUAAUGAAACGGUUGGAUAGUAUGGACAAUAAACUUUCCAGGUUAGAUACAAUUCAAUGUAGUGUUGACAGUAUAAACAUGCGUAUCCAAACAAUGGAAUUAAAGGUCAAUGAACUCGAUGAUAAAGUACAGGCUUUAGAGCGUAGCCGCGACUUCGAUAGUCAAACUUUGUUAGAAAUGAAUAAGCAUCACAAAGAGUUAGAUAGUUUUGCCAGUAAAAUGUCGAAAAUUGAACUAGAACAUAAAAGCAUAGAAAUCGCAUUAAAGUCAGAAAUACAAGAUUUAAAAUGUCGUAGUAUGCGGGACAAUUUAUUGUUUCACAAAAUCAAAGAAGAAAAAGAUGAAAACUGUGAAGUUAAAAUCCUACAAUUCAUUGAAGAAAAACUUAAAAUAGAAAAUGCAUCUAGUGAUAUCCGACUUCAGAGAGUACAUCGCAUUGGGCAAUAUAGUGCCGGAAAAACACGACCGAUUGUCGCUAAAUUCACGGACUUCCCCGAUCGUGAGCGGGUGCGACGAGCUGCUAAGGAGCUGAAGGGAUCUAUCUAUGGCAUAUCAGAACAGUAUCCGAAAGAAAUAGUAGAUCAGCGCCGUAAGUUAAUCCCUAUCAUGUUUCAGGCCCGCCGGGAUGGAAAGGAAGCAUACCUUAAGAUGGACAAACUUUACAUUAACAAUCAGCUUUAUAGAGAAUCAUGCUAG